AUGAGCCUGAACUCGGCUCUUCCUGAGGUCCACAUUAUGUCCUGGCGUCGGAGGAAGACGGCUUCAAGGAUAUGGAAUGCUUGGUGCUCCAAGACACUUCCUUCGUCCAUGCCUUCUUUGCAGCGUCGUGCGUCCAGGGAACCGGCACUUGGCAAAUCACCCAAUUGUGCUAAUCCCUGCCCGACUGACUCUUCAGUUGGCAUCUGCAAAUAUGUAUAUACAUCGACUUUUGAUUGCAGCGAAAAAAUAAAAAUACUGGGCGUAGAAGCCUCUACUCUCGGCCGGAUGGUUAGAUUUACCGGUCGGCAUCAUGUUUAUGAUAAUGAGGAGAGCACUAACAAAAGUCAGUCCGAUUUUACACACUCCACUGGCGACAGUUUCCACGAGAUCUGGCCUGAUCGACGUGGUGAUGGACAGUCAACUCUUCCGAGGAAGGGCAAAAGCGGUUCAACUUCUGCCUUUCGCACAGCGCUUGGGUUUGGAUCCAGAGAGCCAGUAAAAGCGGCUUCACAAGACCUGCAGCCUCACGGUCAACAUAGUCAACUGGCCGUGGAUCCAACCAGUGCGCGACGUAGGCACUACGCCAACUUGCUGCGCUUUUUGCCGGGCGUCUAUGAAGAUCGAGGCGAAAUAUUAUCCAAGGUGAUCUACCAGAAUUUUAGUUUUAUCGGCGUUGUUUUUUUCCGAAAUGUUAAAUGGUGA